AAAAGAUUGCGUGAAGCAAGGCUUGCAGUCGGACCUACCUUGUCUCCGACCUUUCCUGCUGUGUUCACCAUUCCAGCAUCCCUUGUCCCCUCGACCCGAAGUGAUGGGUGGUUCCGUCGGGCGCUUCCAGUACCUCCCCGUUCCCUGGGUGUAAAGUGGUUGUGCCCUAAGGUCCACCUCCAGGCCACGUGGGCGCUGCGGGCCACGCUUUCCGCUCCUAGGGGAGUUUCCGCUGUAGGAGCGGAGCUUCCGGGCUGCGCCGCAGAGCGGGGUUCUUCACUGCCUGGUUCCCGCUCAGUGGUCGCGUCUCCGCCCCCUAUCCACCAGGUCCGCUGCGUUCUCAGCCGGGCCCUAGGCGCCAUGGCUCCCCGCGGGAGGAAGCGGAAGGCUGAGGCCGCGAUGGUCGCCACGACCGAGAAGCGAGAGAAGCUGGCGAACGGCGGGGAGGGAGUGGAGGAGGCGACCAUUGUUAUUGAGCAUUGCACUAGCUGACGCGUCUAUGGGCGCAACGCCGCGGCCCUGAGCCAGGCGCUGCGCCUGGAGGCCCCAGAACUUCCAGUAAAGGUGAACCCAGCCAAGCCCCGGAGGGGCAGCUUCGAGGUGACGCUGCUGCGCCCGGACGGCAGCAGUGCGGAGCUCUGGACUGGGAUUAAGAAGGGGCCCCCGCGCAAACUCAAAUUCCCUGAGCCUCAAGAGGUGGUGGAAGAGUUGAAGAAGUACCUGUCAUAGUGAGAUUUGGCUUUGUGUCCCUGGUGAUAUUGGAACAUUAAUGAUGGAACAUGGCCAAACUUCAGUCAUGUGCCUGAAGCCAUGGUUUCUUCCCUGCCAGAAAUGAAGGUUCAGUUGUGAGACAACCCUCUAGUAAGGCAUUGCUAAAGUCACUGGAUUUGGUUUAAUAAAAGUUGAAAUAAAGUAUUUGAGUAAUAGCGUAAAAUUUAAUCUUAUGGUAAGGGAUGGACAAAGCCAGCCUUGUGGCGUUGGUAGUCCUCGUGUUUUUCACAGCCCAGAAUAGCCAUGUGGCUGGGAACUUUAAAAAAAAAAAAAUUCUUUAACAGCCAGAGUCUCACUUUGGCACCCAGGCUGGAGGGUAAUGGUGCACUCUUGGCUCACUGUAACCUCUGCCUCCCACAUUUAAGCCAUACUCCUGCCUCAGUCUUCUGAGUAGCUGGGAUUAUAGGUGCACACCACCACACCUGGCUAAUAUUUUUUUGUAUUUUUAGUAGAGGUGGAGUUUCACCAUGUUGGCCAGACUGGUCUAAACUGACCUCAAGUGAUACACUUGCCUUG